AUGGUCGGCACGGCUACUCUCGCGCUCAGCGGCGCUGCCCUCGUGGCAACCGCUUCCUCCUUCGCGGUGCCCUCGAUCCUCGCCCCGUCCCGGCCGGCAGUCGGGAGCUUCUCCGCGGGCGCCGGCAGGCUUUCGUCGGAGAGUGCAAGCAGCAGCAGGCCGGGACGGCGCGUGAGGGGAGGGAGGAUGAUGAUGAGCAGCGUACCCAAGGAGGGCGCGGUGGGGGCGGAGGUGGGCGGCGGGGAGAGAUACUACGGCCCCACGUCGAAGCCGCUGCUGGACUCGGUGCACAGCCCCGCGGACAUGAAGCGCUUCACCAUCGCCGAGCUCAAGCAGCUCGCUUACGAGCUCCGGUGGGAGACCUUGGAGGCGGUGUCGAAGACGGGGGGUCACCUCGGCUCUUCCCUGGGCGUCAUAGAGCUGACGGUGGCUCUGCACUACGUCUUCGAGGCCCCCGAGGACAAGAUCACGUGGGAUGUGUCGCACCAGGUGUACCCGCACAAGAUCCUCACGGGGAGGAGAGAUCGGAUGCACUCGCUGAGGCAAAGCGGCGGCCUGUCCGGCUUCGCGAAGCGCUCGGAGUCCGAGUUCGACUGCUUCGGUGCCGGGCACUCCUCCACCUCCAUCUCGUCGGCCAUGGGCAUGUCGGUCGGCAAGAGCCAGCUCAGCAAGAGGCGAAACAAUUGCGUCGCCGUGAUCGGUGACGGGGCUAUCACCGGUGGGAUGGCUUUCGAGGCCAUGAACUGCGCCGGCUACCUGGGGGUGCGCCACAUGGUCAUCCUCAACGACAACGGCCAGGUCUCCCUCCCAACGGGGACCCACUCCGCCGGAGGCGUUGUCCCAGCGGGGGCCCUGUCCUCCUACACGGGGCGCCUCAUGUCCUCGAGGUCUUUCAAGUCGGUCCGAGACGUCGCCAAGGCCUUCAACAAGCUCCUCCCCAGCAACAUCCAGAACGUGAACGCUAAGAUCGACGAGUAUGCAAGAGGCAUGAUGUCGGGAGGUACCCUGUUCGAGGAGCUGGGGUACUACUACGUCGGUCCCGUUGACGGCCACGACUUGGCCAACCUCGUCCCCAUCCUGGAGAACAUCCGCGAUAAGAAGGACGACAAGCCGGUUUUGCUCCACAUCCGCACGGAGAAGGGCAUGGGCUACCCCCCGGCCAUGGCGGCUUCGGACAAGUACCACGGAGUGGCCAAGUUUAACGUCGCUACCGGCAAGCAGCACAAGGGGACGAGCGCCAACCCGUCCUUGACGUCCGUGUUCGCCAACACCCUCAUCGACAUCGCCACCGAGGACCGAUCGGUCGUGGGAAUCACGGCCGCCAUGCCAGGCGGUACCGGAAUGGACAUGUUCGGGAGGAGGUUCCCGAAGCGGACGUACGACGUCGGUAUCGCCGAGCAGCACGCAGUCACCUUCGCUGCGGGUAUGGCCGUCGAAGGCCUCAAGCCCUUCUGCUGCGUCUACUCCACCUUCAUGCAGCGCGCGUACGACCAGGUCAUGCACGACGUCGUCGUCCAGAAGCUGCCCGUCAGGAUGAUCCUCGACCGUGCCGGACUUGUGGGAAACGACGGCCCGACCCACCACGGCAGCUUCGACCUGACCUACCUGGGCACGCUGCCCCACAUCGUGAUCAUGGCCCCCUCCGAUGAGAUCGAGCUCAUGAACAUGAUCCAGACGGCCUACGCGAUCGACGACAAGCCGUCGGUGGUGCGCUACCCUCGAGGAACGGGUUACGGCCUGGAGAAGCUCCGGUCGCUGUUCGGCUACGAGCUGGACGAGAUGCCGGCCAAGGGGGAGGAGGUCGAGAUCGGGAAGGGGAGGAUCGUGCGGCGGCCCCGCGCCACGGCGAGGCAGAAGGCGGUGAUCCUGUCCCUGGGGACUCGGCUUGCCCCCUCGCUUGAGGCCGCGAUACAGCUGGAGGAUUCCUUUUUUUUGGUGGGCAUAGGGACCCCGGAGUGUCCAGAGGGGGGGGGGGGGGGUGCAUGCGGGGUAGAAGGGAAUGGUGGGGCAGAACAAAGCCAAGCUGCUGACAACCCGGACAUGGGCGUGACGGUCGCGGACGCGCGGUUCAUGAAGCCGCUGGACGUAGACCUUAUCCGGCGCCUCGCAGGGGAGCACGACGCAAUGCUCACCGUAGAGGAGAACGCCGUCGGGGGCUUCGGCGCGCACGUCCUUCACUUCAUGGUCCUGGAUGGCCUCGUGGACGACGGCAACCUCAAGAUGCGGCCUAUGGUGCUGCCGGACACGUUCAUCGAGGCCGGCACGCAGACGGAGCAGUACGAGGAGGCCGGGCUGUCGGCGGGGCACAUCAGGGCCUCCGUGCUCCGGCUGUUCGACCAGACUCCCGUACCCACCCUCUCGGCAUCCAAGGCUCCCGCUUCGAAAUAG